AUGGAAAUAUCCAAUUGGCCAAGCAGAAUCCGCAAUGUUGAAUAUGAAUUAGUGCUACCUAAGAAAAUGCCAACAUCUUAUUCAAUUGUUGUUCUUAAUGUUCCAUCUCAGUGGAAUGAACAAAUUUUUGGAAAUGAAUUAAAGCAACACUAUCCAUCGAUAGUACGUGCGGUUCGUAUAUUUGUCAAAGGGAGACGACCAUUAAACAAAGUUCGCCUUGACUUUUCUUCAUUUAAGGAAUUAUCGAUCAUUCUUAAAUCACGACGUAUUUUAUUAGAUGAUAAUAACACAGCGUUUACAAUCGAAUCAUAUCAAGCGCCCAUAAGAGUACUACGAUGUUAUAACUGUCAGGCUUAUAAUGAUCACAUUGCUGCGCAUUGUCCAAAUAAAAAGGAUCCAAUUUGUUUUAGACGCGGGCAACAUCAUUCUUAUAAUCCUGGCUGUAAUAAUCCUGUUCGAUGUGUGUAUUGUAGUGGAAAUCAUAUGGCAGGAAAUCCAGCUUGUCCGAGAAAAAAAUAG